AUGAGUGCCCCAUCGGGCUCGCUGCCCGUCGGCGACGAUGAGCCUCCCCCCUCCGUGGGUGACAGUCGGAUCCCGGUGCGAUCAAGCGACUUCAGCCCCCUCGCCCCGGCUUGGCCGCUGAAGGACCUGGUGUCCCUGGCGGUGGGCCUCGGCCCGGACCUGCCGACCGGCCUCCCGCUGCCGACACGCGUCGACCCCCUGGCCCCGGCGUCCCCGGCAUCGCCGACGGCCCCGGAGCCCUCCACCGACCGAUUGGCCUCAUUGGCCGAGCCGCUUCCCACCAUGGCGCCCGGCCCUGCGGUCGGCGCCGCGGCAUCAUCGGCCACCGUCAGUGCUGUUGGCUCGGCAGCCCCCCUGACCCCGCGUCGGCCCACUCACGCCGAGGCCUCCCGGCGGGCGCCGACCCCCGCUCGCCCCGGGGCAGCCAUCACCAGCGCCGGGGCCGGGGCCGGGGCCGGGGCCGGGGUCCCUGCCAGCCCUGCCUCCUCCCUGCGGGCCUCACGAAGGCCCCCCUCGGAGCUGAGCCGCCUGUCGCUGGCGGCCCGGGGGCAGCGAGAUCCCGCCAGCAUGAAUCCCGCAGCGCAAGUGGGCCGCGGCCCGGCCGGCGACUCGGCGUGGCCCUUCGGCCCGAAGUACCUGGGGGUGGUCCCGCGCAAGACGGCCCGCCCGGGCCGCUGCGCGCUGAGCUUCCGCAUGCCGAGCGCCGCCGGGGGCGAUGCUCAAGCCGUCUGGACGGCGUCUCGCUGUGGCCGAUCCAUCGAGAUCCUCAGUGCCAAGGAUGGCACUCUCGAGCGGCGGCUGAUCGACCCGGCCGGCGAGCGCCUCGAUGUCGCCUGCUUCCUGUGGGUGCCGGCCGAUCGCUCGGUCAAUGCGACGGACAUCAUGGAGCCGGCCGAUGAGUUCGGCUCGUCCGUCGCCUCGCUGGUGCCCCAGGCCGAGGUGGAUGGGGGCCCCGGGACGCCGCGACGGGGGCCGAGCCGCCCGUCGGCCGGCCGGUAUCCCCCGAUUGCCGGCUUCGUGUGGACCGGGAGUUUGGACGGCCGUAUUCGCGUGUGGCACCCAUCCACCUAUGUCUGUCUGGCCACCUUCAAGGCUCACGCCGGGGCCGUUCUGCAAAUGGCCUACUCGGAGGACCUGCGCCCCGGUGGACCGGGCUGCAUCUGGACCGUGUCGGUGGACUUCACCACGCGCGCCUGGUGCCCGAACACCGUGCUCGGCCUCGGUCCGGAGGAUCCUGACGACGGGCCUGGAGCUGAUGGCGACCAUGGCGGGGACCCCUUGCUGCUGUUGUUGGCAUCCUCGCCGCCGACUGCGCUCGAUGGCCCGGACUCCGGGCCCCCUUCCACGCCCUCGCGCUCCGCCUCCGGCGCCUCGUCCGCCUCUUCCUCGGGGCUCUCCUCCCCCGUGAUGGGUGGAGCCCGACGGACGGCCCCGGCCACCCGGCCGCCGCCCCGGCCCCUGCGCGCCCUGGCCGGCCACCGGAGCUGGGUUCGCUGCGUGGCGGUGGCUCAAUCCAAUGGGUCUUGCUGGAGUGGCAGCGAUGACGGAACCAUCCGCGUGUGGCUGCCCUCCUUGUCCUCCGUCACGCCGGUGGCCCUGGUGAAGGGGUCAUCAGCCGACCCGGCCCCCUCCCUCGGAUCGGAUGCCUCCUUCAUGCUGGAGCCAACGCACUCGCGAUCGCUGACCGUGUCCAUCCCGCUACGCUGUGCGGUUCACUCGCUGUGCUACGUGCCGGCGGUCAAGCCCUCGGAUCUUGACACUGGGCCCGGGGCCGAGGCUGACACACAGCCCGCCGGCCCUGCGGCUUCCACACUCGGAACCAUCUGGGCCGGUCUGUCCUCCGGAUCCAUCGUCAUCCUCGAUGUCAAGACGCUGUCUGUUUUGGCGGUUCUGCGCGGCCAUGUGGGCCGCGUGGGCGGCCUCCACCACCGGCCCGGCUCGGACUCGGUGUACUCCAUCGGCCCGCAGGACCGGACCAUCCGGGUGUGGUCGGCGCACCGGACCCCGGGGGAUUUCGCCCCGGCCGGCAGUCUCCAAGCCCCGGGCCUGAUGCGGGAUCACCUGGUGGAUUUGCCACCCGGGGCCCGGUGGCGGGCGCUCGGGGUGUGCUUCGUGGGCUCGCAGCUGCUGUGGGUCCUGGGGUCGGACAACUCGGCCCGCAAGAUCCGCCUGUCGGACCGGACGUGGCCCACUUUCGACAUGGACCGCUUCGCCGGGUGGUCCGAGUUGACUGCGGUCCGGUCGCUCGGCUCGCUGCUGUGCGACCCGGAAGACGACAUGGAAGACUACUUCCAGGUGGUUCUGCAGGAUAAUCUCGACGACCUGGAAGAUACUUUGCCCGUCGGGGUCGGGGCCGACCUCCUGGUCACGGAGUCCCUCCUGGAGCAUGCCCUCUCGUCCACCGGCUCAUCCUCCUCGGCCUCAUCGCCCCCCUUGUCGGAUGAGAGCGAACCCGGCCGGGGGCAUGACUUCGAUGCAUUUGACUUCCUGGAAGCCGACGGCCCGGCCGAGCUGCUGGACAUCGGCGAGGAGGUCCCCCUGACGGAAUGCCCCUACUGCGAGGACAUCCGUGCCUCCAUGGACCGGCUGCUGAUGCAGUAUGGCGCGCUGGCGGCCACGGCCGGUCGCGACGCCCUCGAGUCGGAGCGCCUGAGGGAGCUCCACGCGCGCAUCCAGUCCGAGCAGGCCACCCUGCGCGAGCACUUCCUCCUGCAGGCGGCCGCCCUGAGCCAGGCACAGCAGGACCUUGGCGAGGCCAUCGUCCUGGCCGAGGAGGCGGCUCAGGCCGCCGAGGCGGCCACCCUGGAGGCUGAGGCUGCCAACUUGGAGAUCAAGCGUCUUGCCGGUGAGCUGGGCGCCCGGGACGCGGCCCUUGGCAUGGCCCUGGCCCAGAUGGCACGGACACGCUGCGCUCUGCUUGCUGCUCAGGCUCCGCUGCUGGAGAAGUUGCCUCUGGGCCCGGGCCCCCUCCUGCUUGAGGAGGACCUGCCCACUGCUGUGGAGACCCCUCCACCGGCCGGCACCUCGGAGCCGGUCUCUUUGCUCACCAAGACGCUGGCGGCUGCGGCGGCGGCGGCGGCGGCGGCGGUUCCGGCAGGCAGCCCCACUCCGCCGGAUGAGCCCGCCCCAGAGGCAGACAGCACCCCUUGCCCAUCGCCCGAGCCUGAGCCUGAGCCCGAGUCCGAACCCCUGCCCGAGCCUGUCCGGAUCUCGGAAUUGGAGGACCCCCUUUCGCGGGAGGAGCGGCCCAUGAAUACCGGAGAGGAUGCCGCUGAUGGGCAUCUCGAUCCGGACAGCCACUCCGAUCUUUCCGAGGUGUCUUCCAUUUGUUCCGUGACCAGCCACCUAAGUACAUACUCCACCUUCCCCGACGACACCGAUCGUUCGUGGGACAUGCUGCGCCUGUCGUCAGCCACCCCGGCGGCGGACCAGGUCAGCGGGGCGGCCAUGCUGCCGCAAAGCCUGCAUGCCCAGAGCGACGGGGAUGCCGUUGCUGCUGCGCUGCGCUCGCCAAUCUUCGUGGACUCCGGCAUCGAGACCUCCUCACAGGACACCCUGCUCAAUGAGGAACUUCGGCGCCUGCUCGAGCCACUUUCGGCCCUUUGGCCUGCGUUGGCCGGCAAGCUUUCCGCGCUGGACUUCGGCCGGCUGCUUGGGGGCUUCGCCCGGGCGUACCGGCAGCAGCACGAGGCCCAUGUGUCCCGACUGCUGUCGCUGGUCGUUGUCCUGGAACGGAGCAUCCCCCCGCAGGAGGUGGCGCGAAAGCUCCUCGGCGUGUCGAAUCUCAAUCUGCUGACCAUGCUGUCCCACCCGCAGGCACGGGCACGUAGCAUCCUCCGAAAGCAAACGCGCCACACGCGCCUUUGGCGCCGACGCCUGGUGGUCCUGGUUGGCCGGUGCCUGUUAUACUUCAAUUCGGACUGCGCGGCCGACUCGCCGCCGCGCGGGCUGCUCAUCCUGGGCCCGGGGUUCUUGGUGGAACGCCAGCAGCCAGGUGGCCGGCCGGAGCGCUUCACCAUUCGCUGCCCGAACUUCACGCCCCAGGGGCUGAUCAUGGACUCGAGUGCCGGGGCGGCGCCUCCCCCGGCCGAGCCGGCCGCCAAGGUUGCCGGGGCCACGGACAUCCCGGCUCCGCGGUCCUGGUCGCGUCUCUUCUCCAGCAAUGCCCCGUCCAGCAGCCCCGGGCUCGGUGGGUCCUUCGGUGCGGGAUCGCCCGCGGCUGGGACUCCGCCGCCCACUUCGCCCUCGCUGCUGGCCACCCUGUCGGCGGCCGGCCGGCCGACGGCCAGCUCGGACUGGGCGGCCGAUGCCCAGUUUGGGUAUCUCUUCUCGGCCGAGUCGGAACUUGAACGGGAGCGCUGGUGCCGGGCCAUUGAGAUGGCCAUGGCCAGCUUCCAGCCGGCUGAGACUUUGGAACAGCUGGGCUUGGACGAUUCGCUGGGCCUAGCCCAUGCGCCUCGGGCACUGAUGGAGACCUUCGCCGCGUCCUUCGGGCCGGGGACGAGUCCGCCACCUGAGCUGGAUGAAACGGAUCCCGACGUCCAGCGGGUGUUGCGCCUGAUGAGUGAGGCAGGCCUCGCGCCUCCAUCCGAGGCCCUGCCCUGAGGGGCCAUCUCCGCCGGCGCGCCUAUCGCCGCACGCGUGUCCGGAAUAGACGUUGUUGAACAAUCCCA